AUGUCUACGCUCCGUGGUUGCAAGGCACGCUUGACCAACGCGAUCAACAAUUUGACGCGGCUGGUCAACUCGGCGAACUCCAAUUACCCAACCGUCUUCCAUUCGGACGCCCACCCGGCAGUACAGCUCCGCACUCUCCAGCGUCGAAUCGAGGACAUGGGAAACGCCAAGAUCUCCAUUGAAAUAGCAUUGGAGACAUUCCAACAGCGCCACGAACAUGCCAUAAGCUUCAUCGAAAACCAACCAAACGCCAUAGAGCUUAUGGACGCUUUUGACAUCUACUGGCGCGAUCACAAAGGUGACGAAAUGGAACCAACCGCCACCGCUACCAUCUUUGCCCUCGACGAUCUUAUCCGCAAGGAAACCGAACUUGCGGAUAUGAUUCGCACCACCAUAAGCGCAUCCACCACACCACAAUAUAACCCUACCAACAACACGGAUGAACCGAUGGACGCUACAUCCAUCAGAAACCCUGCCCUGACAAAACCGUAUAUGUCCGGAGGCUCAUCACCACCAUACACCGUUGCGGAUACCAUGAAUGUUCAACUCAACAAGGUAGAGCUGCCUACCUACGAUGGGGAUUUUUCCACCUAUUACGAUUUCUGGGUCAAAUUCAAAACCGCGGUCCACGACAAUCCAUCCCUAUCCACCGCCGCCAAAUUUAUCCGUCCUAGUAGCAGCCUUAAAGGUAGCGCCGCACUUGUUGUACAGGGGUACGACAUAACCAAUCCCUCCAACUACCACCUUGCCAUUGAAGCCCUACGCAGACGCGUCGUCUGCCGCCGCUUCAUCGCAGAGGGAUACGUUAUGCCAGAUCCAAGAUUGUAUCCUGCAGCUCAACCGCUUCGAGGACACGUCAACAUCGCUAUCGCUCAAGAAGCUCAUUCGCAGCAAAUUCCCACGAGGGACUCAGCUGGAAGUGAACAGGAUGGAACAUCGGUCAGGUACGAUUUGGAAGAUGCAUGA